GAAAGUAGCGCAGCGAAGGCGAGAAGAAGAAAAGGGGUAAGACCAGGAGUCAGAGAAGGCGAGAGAUGAAAAAGAGGAUGGAGGAGAAUGAGGGGUGGGGUUGAGGGGGGUCCAGGAGGCGAGGGCGACAGAACAGCGACUUAUUGUGUUGGUCCACCAGGCACUGAGGGACACACACUAGGACACAUGAACACACACACACACACACACACACACACACACAGACAGACAGAGAGUGCAGUAAGCGCGCACACACUCAAGCGCGUGCUUCUACCCACUGUACCACAGAACCGUGCUGGCAUCACUCUCUCUCUCUCUCUCUCUCUCUCUCUCUCUCUCUCUCUCUCUAUCUCUCUCUCUCUCUCUCUCUCUGCUCUGUACUGUUCAGUCUUCAGUGCAGCUCGACUCACACUGUCCGGAUCUGCGGAUCACCUCGUACCUCGAUCACCUUCAUCAGAGCAUCAGAAGCACUUCUAACUGACGAGAAGAGGAGCCAGAUCCAGGUUCAGUUGACCCACAUUCAGGAUUGAGGACUCUUGCUAAUGCUGAAAAGCUUCUUCAAUCUCAGUUGAAGGAUUUUUUUUUUUCGUGGACCCCCCCAAAAAAUAAAUAAAAGCAAAAUCACACACGCUUCAGACGCAGAAAGUCAGCAUGGCGACGACGGGCAUGCAGCUCCUGGGAUUGGUCAUGUCUAUCAUCGGCUGGGUGUGCGGCUUCCUGGUGUGUGUGCUGCCCAUGUGGCGCGUCACGGCGUUCAUCGGCAACAACAUUGUGACGGCGCAGAUCACGUGGGAGGGCCUGUGGAUGAACUGCAUCGUGCAGAGUACUGGCGAGAUCCAGUGCAAGGUGUACGACAGUAUGCUGGCGCUACCCAGUGACAUGCAGGCGGCGCGUGGCCUCACCGUGCUCUCCAUCCUGCUCUGCACCCUGGCGCUGACCCUCGGCGUACUGGGCAUCAAAUGCACCAAGUGUGUGGGUCAGCCGAGCUUUGAGGCACGGCUGGCUCGCAUCUCCGGUAUACUCUUCGCCAUUGCAGGGUUCCUCUACCUCGUGCCCGUGUGCUGGACGGCCCACUCCAUCAUCAAGGAUUUCUACAACCCGUACGUCGCGGCGCCGCACAAGCGUGAACUCGGCCCUGCGCUCUACCUGGGCUGGGGAGGCUCGGGAUUGCUGCUCAUCGGCGGAUCUCUGCUCUACACUGGCUCAAGCCCACCCGGCAUCCCCUCAUCGCCCACCUUCAGCAGCGGAGAGAGCAGCCCGCGCCGGGCCGGGGGAAGCACGCAGGUCAAAGGUUAUGUUUAA